AAGUCUUGCAUAUCGCUCAGUAUUGAAACCGUCGGUGUGCAGUGAGUGAGUGUGUUGCUUCAGUCCGAUAAAACCAUACAGUCAUUUCCGAAAAUGACUUCCCUUCGACAAAUGGCUCCGGAACUGUCCGAAAAAGCUAAGAAUGAGUUAAACGAAGUACCAGCUCGAAUUCCAGAAGAUCUUGCAGCACUAAAGGCAUGGCUUGCGAAGCAACCACAUCUCAAUCCACGCACCGACGAUCAGUUUCUGGUGAAUUUCCUCCGUGGGUGUAAAUACAGCUUGGAGAAAACCAAAGAAAAGUUGGAUAACUAUUAUACGGUCAAGUCGGCGAUUCCAGAGUUCUUCGAUAAUCGUGAUCCAGCAAAUGCGAAAAUUCAAGAAAAUGCUAUGCUAGGAGUGAACCUUCCGUUGCCACACACAAUGGGACCCGACGGACCUCGAAUUGUGUUAGUGCGAAUGGGAGCUUACGAUCCUAGUAAAUAUUCAAUCGUCGAUAUAAUGAAAGUCUGCUAUAUGAUUACUGAUCUCCUGCUCCUAAACGAUGACACAUCUAUUAUUGCGGGCCACAUGGUGCUUGUUGAUCUCCGAGGGUUGUCUUUAUCAGCGCUAUCCCAAUUUAGUCCCACAUUCAUCAAAAAAAUGACAUCAGUAAUAGAAGCGUUCCCAAUCCGAACCAAAGGUAUCCACUUUGUAAAUCCAUCGACUGGAUUUGACACACUCUUCAAGAUGUUCCACGGAUUUUUAAGCAAAAAGAUUCAAGAACGUAUUGCGGUGCACGACACAUUCGAGGCAUUGCAUAAGGUGAUUCCGAAAUCGUUCCUACCGGAAGAGUAUGGAGGAAGUGGUGGAAAGAUGGCGACAAUUAUCGCGGAUUGCCGAGACAAUUUGUUAAACAAUCGUCAGAUAUUCCUUGAAGAUGUCAAAUACCGUAACGACGAACGCAAACGACCAGGCAAACCGAAAACCGCUAGCACGUUAUUUGGCGUGGAAGGUUCUUUCAGAAGCUUGGAGUUUGAUUGAUGUUACUUUGGUUGUGAUUGACAAAAGUUGUUGAAAUACAUGUUUUGGUUAUGUUUUGCACUCUAA